CAAUGUUUUAUAAUCAAGGUCUAAGAGAAGGAAUCAUGGAGGCACAGGAAAACUUGACGAGACUUGGUUAUUGGGAGGGCUUAAAAAGCGUUAGUCCAGGAAUCAAGUUACUGAAUAAGAAUAUCAGUGAAUUGUUGGUCUUGGAGUCGCUAAACCAAAAAGGACUUUUAUUGACAAAGGAAAAUCCUUCGUUUCUCGGUCAACAGAUAAAGGAAACGAGAAAGCAGUUGGAAAAUUUGCUACACAAAUAUGAGUCUACCCUGUUAGAACUGGGGUCCAAAUACGUCCAAAAUACGCAACAUACAAGUUAUGUUUUCGAACAAAAUUCGCCAAUAGAGGAGACUCUUUCUUUAGAAGUUUUGAAGCAGAGUUGGUUCUCUCAGUUGGAGCAACAUGAAAGGUACACGUUGCAAGAGGCCCAUGAAGGAAUAGCUAAGUUUGUGAAUUCUUUGGACGAGUCUCUCCAGAGUCAGUUAAGAAGAGUGUUUAUGAAAGAGUUGACACAGUAACCUCCCAGUGGUGGUAGGCUGUUACAGGAAUAGACUAUCUUGUGCAGUGUUGUUAGAGUUACUAUGAGUGUUAUAAGAAACUGUCCAGAACACGUGUGUAUCUUAUGACCUUUUCUUCCUAGUGACUAUGAUAAGAAACCUAGAGGCAUUUUUUGCCUCUUCCAUAUCUUUAUUCGUAAAUGUACUCCUACCUGUGUAUACCUAUGGAGUGGAACAUUUCAAAACCAACCACAUUUAGAAAUAAAAAGGUUAAUUACAUUUGUUGU